GGGGAAGAAGGAGGAGGAGAGCAGCAGUGAGCAGCAGGCCCGAGGAGGCAGGACUUCCUGGUGUGGGGGUUGUCAACAGCCCAGAAAGAGAAAGAGAGAGAGAGAGAGAGAGGGAGAGAGAGAGAGAGAGAGAGAGAGAGGGACCGAGACCGAGACGGAGACGAGCUGAAGAGCAAAGAGACAAAUCCAGCAGGAGCCACGCGGGAGGAGCCUUGAGUCACUCCAGGGACCCAAGGAGGCCGGCUGCCACCUGGAUCCACCAGCGCGGGGGGCUGAGCCGCCCCCUUCCCACCAUCACCACCGCCGCCGCUGCCGCAGGGGAGACCCCCCCCCCCCCGCCCAACAACAACCCUCAGCCCCAGGCCGAGGCCGCGCGCCUGAGCUCCACCGUGGAGACGCGGGCUCCUUCUCUUCUCCACUGCAAACUUUGCACCUAGAUGCCUCUCUGGGGGGGAUCCAGACCCCGGAAAGCACUGGACAGUCCCUGAUCACCGCCUGCCUGCGUGGCCAGGAGUCAUCAGGAAAAGGACAGCCGGACAUCUUAGUCCCCAGGACCCCCCCCCCCCAACUCUCCGCCUUCAACCUCCCGCCCCGUGUCUAAGCUCAGCUCGGUGGCCGAGGCCCGAGAGUUUGCAAACUCAGCUCUGGAUUUCGGCAGCGACAGCAGCAGCAGGAAAAACCUGCCCCUGCCCCCCCUCCUCUUGACACCUCCCCUCCCUUGUACUCCGCUCACCAACCAGGCACCCCCCCACCCCCAGUUCCCACAAGGCCCUCUUGCCAUGUCGGACCCAGACGUUCCCAGGGGCCCCAGUGCCCCCGUCAUGUGGCCUCCUUGUUCUAGGGGUGCCUGAGCCCCUUUCCAGGAGCCCAGCCCCUCCCCCACCCCCAGCCCAGUCCUGAGUCCCAGGGACCAUGAGUGGGGGCAAGAAGAAAAGUAGUUUCCAGAUCACCAGCGUCACCACGGACUACGAGGGCCCAGGAAGCCCAGGAGCUUCGGAUCCCCCUACCCCACAAGUUCCCACUGGACCCCCGCCCCGUCUCCCCAAUGGGGAACCCAAUCCUGAUCCAGGGGGUAGGGGCACCCCCCGGAAUGGCUCCCCACCACCUGGGGCUCCUGCCUCCCGUUUCCGGGUGGUGAAACUGCCCCAUGGCUUGGGAGAACCUUACCGCCGAGGUCGGUGGACGUGUGUGGAUGUUUACGAGAGAGACCUGGAGACCCCAAGCUUCAGCCGGCUCCUGGAGGGAGUUCGAGGAGCCUCAGGGGGCACCGGGGGCAGAUCUUUGGAUUCUAGAUUGGAGCUGGCCAGCUUGGGCCUGGGUGCCCCCAUCCCACAGUCAGGCCUUUCUCAGGGCCCCACCUCUUGGCUCCGCCCGCCCCCCACUUCUCCUGGACCUCAGGCCCGCUCCUUCACAGGGGGAUUGGGCCAGCUGGCCGUGCCAGGCAAGGCUAAGGUGGAGACACCCCCACUGUCGACCUCCCCACCCCAGCAGCGCCCCCCAGGGCCUGGAACUGGGGAUGGCCCCCAACCUCUCCUGCCUUCUCUGAGGGUAGAUUUGGAGGCUGGGGGCGCGGUGGCUGGGACCCCUCCACUGUCCCGGAGAAAAGAUGGGGCUGUUCGGCUGAGGAUGGAGUUGGUGGCUCCCGAGGAGACGGGGCAGGUGCCCCCACUCGACUCUCGACCGAACUCGCCAGCUCUCUACUUCGAUGCCAGCCUGGUCCACAAGUCCCCAGACCCGUUUGGGGCGGCAGCAGCUCAGAGCCUUAGCUUGGCCCGCUCCAUGUUGGCUAUUAGUGGUCACCUGGACGGUGACGACGACAGUGGCUCCGGAAGCUUGGUUGGUAUCGACAACAAGAUCGAGCAAGCCAUGGUUGUUUUCUGGAGGCACCGAACUAAAUCAAGCCACCUGGAACAUUCUGGAUCCAAGAAGCACGUGUUGGAGGGAGUGGAGGAGACUUCCACGGAGUUUGAGGCUGUCAAGUUGCUCAAGCCCUCCAGAGACUUUAAGUUGUCCGAACUGGAAGAAUGUCCUGAGGUGCCUGAAUUCCACGUGCUGGACACUGCCACCACGGAUGGGCCUGCGGUGAGCCCCAAGAGGCGCUCCCUGGUGCAGCUGUCCCAAACCGCUGUCCAGUCCAUUUCCAUGUUCAUGUACUCAGCGCUGCAGUCUGGCUGGCAGAUGUGCAGAUGGAAGUCCUCUGUGAGUUCUGCCUCAGUUUCCUCUCGGGUGAGGACCCAGUCCAGCUUGGACACGCGGGAGGCGGAGAUGCUGCGGGAGGUGUACCUGGUGCUUUGGGUCAUCCGGAAACAGCUCCGAGAGCUGGCCCACCGGCAGGAGAGGCGCUGCAGGAGGCGCCACAUGCGGUCCCACUCUCACCACCAGCCUGAGCCAGUGCAGGGCCUGAAACAGGAUGCCCGAAGCCCCCUCUAGGGAGGGGAACCCCAGAUCCUCAGAGAGCCCCUGCCUUGCUCUUAUGUAAGGUUGAUUGGAAAGGGGUUCAGGGCAUCAGGCCAGAAGUUGCAGGUGAGGAGAUGUGUUUUCAUCCUGGGAGCCCCAAGGCCAGGCCUGGGGUUGCACGCAUAUUCUCCAUUGUU